GCGGUUUUGGGUUUUAAGGAAGUUUUUAAAGCGGUAAUAAUAGAACCGCUAUCAAAAGUAAAGAAAAAAGGCGCCUGAAAUUAAAGCCUACAACCCGCAAAAACUCAAAACCCUCGCAAAAACUCAAACCCUUGCAAAAAACUCAAAACUACCAACCCUCUCAAACCCCCGCAAAAAACUCAAACUGAAAACCCUCUCAAACCAGAAUCCCUCAUCCGGCAACCUCACUACCUCCGGCGACGUCACUAUCAGUCCGGCGACCUCCCUUUCUCUGUUUCUCUCUCCUCUCCUCCAUUACUCCCUUUCUUCGCCAUCUUCGUCGCCAUCUUCGCAACUCUAAGACUCCAAUCUGCAGGUUCAAAAUUCUUACUUCUUAUUAUCGAUUUUCUGUUAUUUUUUUCGAAUUUUACUUCUUAUCAUUUUUUGGUGGAUGAUUUCGGAUUAGGGUAAGAGGAAUUCGAGUGAGGUAAGGUUUGAAGAGGAGUUUUGAUGUGGUUGACGUUUCUAUUUUCGUUUGCGAGGGUUUGGUUAAUUUGGUUAAUUUGUUGAAUUUGUUGUUGGAUGUACUUUUUUUUGUUGAAUGUAAUUUGAUAUGUAUUUUUACUUUGUUGAAUUUCUAUUUUUUUGGUUGAAUGUGUUUCGAAUAACUGUUUUUUUUUAUUUAUUUUUGAAUUAGGUUGUUGAAUAUAUUCUGAAAUUGUAGUUCUAAUAGCCUCAAACCUAAAUCUUCCUAUUCAUGAUUUUUCCUAAAACCCAAGUGUUUCAUGAUUUUUGUUGUAGAUUCUAAACAGCCCAACAAAGACAGGUGCACCUUUGGCAAGUAAGACUGGACGAGGCGAGUCUUUGGACUCCGCUCUGGUCUGCGAGGACGACUGGACGAGGCGAGUAAGGCGACCCUUGGCCGCGGCGAACAGCACCGAGUCACCGACGACAGCUGACUUAGUUCAGUUUAAUCAGAGUUGUCAUGGAUCGAAAUUGGAUGCAUGCUCGGCGUAAUAGUGAUGAGUAUGAGCAUGGAGUAGAAGAGUUCAUUGAAUUUGCAAGAAAACAUGCUGAGGACGCAGCACAUAUUUUAUGUCCAUGUGUUGAUUGUAAUAAUAUGGUUCGACUUAAUAUUGAGGACGUAAAAGUUCACUUGAUGGCUAAAGGCAUUAAUCAAUUUUACAAGUGUUGGUUACAUCAUGGUGAGAUAUUAGGGGAGGUUCCUAAUGUGCACGGUAUGAUGGAUUUUGAAACUGGGAUGGAAGUAGAGAUGGAUGGAGAAUCUUCCGGUGAAGAUAAUGAGUUUGAAGAAAUGGCAAAAGCUUUGGAGGAAAACUUUGCAGAUUCUCCGGAGAUGUUUGAUAACUUGUGUAGUGAUGCAAUGAAACCUUUGUAUUCGGGAUGCACUAAAUAUAGUAGAUUAUCUGCUAUUAUCAAAUUGUUUAAUGUCAAAGCAAGUAAUGGAGUAAAAGAUAAAGGCUUUUCUGGUUUCUUAGAUGCAAUACAUAACAUGCUCCCACAUGGAAACCUACUUCCAACUCGCACCUAUGAUGCUAAAAAGAUGCUAAGCUCUAUUGGCUUGACUUAUGAAAGAAUCCAUGCAUGUCCAAACGACUGCAUCUUGUAUCGCAAAGAGUAUUCGUUGUUGGAGUAUUGUCCCAAAUAUAAAGCUCCAAGAUAUAAGAAAAAGAAGAUUCCAGCCAAAAGUUUGACAUGGCAUGCGGAUGAACGGAAGAAUGAUGGUAUGUUAAGACAUCCGGUCGAUUCCCCACAAUGGAUCAAAAUUGACAAGGAUUUCCAUGAUUUUGGUAAGGAGCCUAGAAAUCUAAGACUUGCCCCUGCAAGUGAUGGUGUGAACCCUCAUGGACCAAGACAACCUGGCCAUGAUAUAGACAUUUAUUUGGCUCCUUUGAUUGAAGAUUUAAAAUUGAUGUGGGAUUCUGGCAUUGAAGUGUUUGAUGCGCAUCGUAAUGAAACUUUUAAUUUGAGAGCCAUGCUUUUUGGCACAAUAAAUGAUUUUCCCGCUUAUGGUAACUUGCCAGGUUAUACUGUGAAAGGUUAUAAAGAAUGCCCUAUAUGUCAAGAGAACACAACUUCAACUAAGUUGAAAAACUCAGGAAAAAAGGAAAGAAAAAAUUCUGGGAAAGUUGUCUACUUGGGAAAUCGUAAGUUUUUGCCGGUGCAACAUCAUUAUCGAAGGUGGAGGAAAGCUUUUGAUGGUAAUGCUGAAGAGGGUAGAGCUCCGGUUCCUCCAACAAGUCUCCAGAUAUUACAAAAAGUAGAGGGCUUAGAUGUAAAUCAUGGAAAGUUGCACUCCUCCCAGGUUCCAACUCGUGGCUAUAAGAAGAGGUCGAUUUUUUUUUAUCUUCCUUAUUGGAAGGACUUACAUGUUAGACAUUUUCUUGAUGUCAUGCACAUUGAGAAAAAUGUUUGUGAAAGUCUUGUUAGCACACUACUCAAUACACCAGGCAAGAGCAAAGACUCGCUUCAUGCUAGAAAAGAUUUAGUCGACAUGGGAAUUAGACCUGAGUUACAUCCUGUUAUGCAUGGUGAUCGUACAUAUCUUCCUCCAGCGUGCUAUACUCUAAGUAAAAAAGAGAAAAAAAUAUUUUGUGAGUGUUUACAUGGUGUGAAGGUUCCUGAUGGAUAUUCUUCCAAUAUUAAAAAUCUUGUGUCUUUGAAAGAUAAUAAACUUUUAGCUUUGAAAUCUCAUGAUUACCAUGUACUCAUGGUGCAUUUUCUUCCUAUUGCUAUUCGCUCCAUUUUGCCUGAAGAUGUUCGAAAUGCCAUUACAAGACUUUGCAUUUUCUUUGGAGAGAUAUGUAGAAAAGAAAUCGACCCUUUAAAGCUACCUAACUUGCAAAAGGAAGUUAUUGUUAUUUUAUGUCAGUUGGAGAUGUAUUUUCCACCUUCUUUCUUUGAUAUAAUGGUCCAUUUAACAAUACACUUGGUUAGAGAAAUUCAGUUGUGUUGGCCUGCAUAUCUAAGAUACAUGUAUCCUAUUGAGAGAUACAUGAAGAUUUUGAAGGAUUACGUAAAGAGUGGAAGCCAUCCGGAAGGUUGUAUGGUUGAGCGCUACCUAGUAGAGGAGGCCAUUGAUCUUUGUAGUGAUUACCUCUCUUUUAUUGAUGUGGUUGGAAUUCCAAAGCCUAGGCAUGAUGGAAGUUUUAAUGGGAAAGGGAAAGGGAUCAUGGGAAAUAAGGUGUUGACUAUAAACCCUGAAAUGUGGCAUCGCGCGCACUUGUAUGUCUUGCAUAAUAGUUCGGAGGUUGAUCCAUAUGUGGAAGAACAUAUGGAUUACUUAAGGACCCUUUAUCCAAUUAAGAGUGAGAAGUGGAUUACUAACAAACACAAUUCAUGCUUUAUUGAGUGGUUAAAGGCUCGAGUUGGAGAUGAAAUAGCUCAAUCACCUUUUGAUGUUUCUGAUAGACUUAAAUGGUUGUCCCGAGGUCCUAGUAAAGAUGUCUUCUCAUAUUCUGGUUACCAAAUAAAUGGGUUUACAUUCUGUGCAAAGGGUGGGGACAAUGAAACUACAACACAAAAUAGUGGGGUGUCAAUUGUAGCACAAGCUAUGCAUAUCUCAAGCGCAAAAGACAAGAACCCCAUUUAUGCAAAUAUGUCUUACUAUGGAGUAAUUGAAAACAUUUGGGAAUCGGACUAUGGGCUGUUUAGAAUUCCUAUAUUUGGUUGUAAGUGGGCUGAUAACAAUAAUGGAGUUCGUUUUCAUCAUAAAGCCGGUUUCACAUUUGUUGAUCUCAAUAGAGUGGGUAGUAAGGAUGAUCCAUUCAUAUUGGCUAGUCAAGCAACACAAGUUUUCUAUGUUACUGACCCAGCUAAUAAAAGAUGGUCUUUUGUUUUGUCGUCGAACAAAAGAUAUCCAAUCGAUGACGAGGACCAUGAAUUAGAUGAAAGGGAAGAUCCUUCUUUUGUACUGCCGUCACAACCACUCGAUGAUCAAGUUGUUGAAGAAGAUUUUUAUAAAAGAGAUGAUCAUGAGGAGGGGAUAUGGUAUAGCAGUAGUGCUUCUGUGUACAGCAGUGCUUCAGUACAGCAGUACAGUACAGUUUGUGCUAUUGCUUUGCUUCUGUAUUCAGUACAAAAAGGAAAAGCUGAAAAAGGUCGUGGAGAAACUAAAACGAGUAAGAUUGUUCGAGCAAGACAUAAGGGAAAAGUUUUUCAACCUUCAUGGAAUCGCAAUGGAUAUGUGAAAGUUGGUAUUGACUACGGUGUAGAGGAGAAUACACCUUUGCCAAUGCCAAUCGAAGGAGUAGCUGAUGUGAUCAAAGAUGCAAUAGGCAGUAUCGUGUUAUGGCCCAUUGAACUUAUUGUUCUAGAUAAGGUUAUGAACGCUUUAGAAGAAAACGAUAAAGAAGAAGGCCAAGAUAAACAAGGGAAGGAUAAACUAGGCAAGGAAUCUAUAAAACCACGACCAGUGACAUGUCUACGCAAACGAAAUCCACAAAGUCUAGAAAACUCAGAAAAGAUGGUUAAAGUUCAUGAAGGCCAUGAAAAAUGCCCUAAUGCAAACAAUGAACCCAUUGAGUCGCAAAAGGUUGAUCACCCAUCAAACCAAACACCUACUUCACCUACCAUUCAACCACAUAAGGUUAAUUUAAUAGAACUCAAGUUUCUUUUCAGUAGUUAG